AUGCGCCUUCUCAAGUCUUCCGCAACAGGCAGUGGCUUCGAGCUAACAUCUUUCAAUGACGACCUCGUCCCUCCAUACGCCAUUCUCUCUCAUACCUGGACCGAAAACCAAGAAGUCACCUAUGAUGAGCUACUGAAGGGAACAGGCACCGACAAGGAUGGCUAUGCUAAGAUUCGAUUCUGCGGCGAGCGCGCUGCAGCCGACGGACUCGAGUAUUUCUGGGUCGAUACUUGUUGCAUCAACAAGGCUACGAGUGACGAGCUCAGUACAGCGAUCAACUCCAUGUUCCGCUGGUACCAGCGUGCAGCCAAGUGCUACGUACUACUCACAGACGUUUCUAUACCUGAAGAAGUCACCAGCACUGAGAUAUCCGGCAUAUUAUGGAAGCAAGCCUUUCAACGCAGCCGAUGGUUCACGCGAGGCUGGAAUUUGCAAGAGCUACUAGCGCCAGCCAGCGUCGAGUUCUUCUCUCGAGACGGCAAGUGGCUGGGCAACAAGAUGUCGCUAGAGCAAGAGAUACACAGAGUCACUAGUAUACCCGUCAAGGCGUUGAGAGGCCACAGCCUCGCCGAGUUUAGUAUUGAGGAGCGAAUGAGCUGGUCUGCACAACGCACGACUACGAUCAGGGAAGACAAAGUGUACUGUUUGCUCGGCAUCUUUGGAGUGUUUCUGCCGCUCAUUUAUGGAGAGGGAGAGGGGUAUGCCGCUUUGCGUCUCGAAGAGGAGAUACAAAAACGCCAACAAGGGAGCAAGAAGGCGGAUUUGCAAAACUCCUCCGCCGUAUUGUCAAUACCUUUUCCACGAAAUGAGCGCUUCGCCGGACGAGAGAUUCAGCUUCAGUCAAUGAAACAAGUUCUACUUUCGCCUGGCGCCCAUCAAUGGCUGACGAUAUAUGGACUCGGGGGCUGUGGGAAAUCAGCGCUUGCUCUCGAGUUUGCGUAUCGCGCAUUUGCGGAUCAAGCUAGACGCCUAGUUUUCUGGGUACCAACUAUGAGUCAGGAGAGUUUUGAGCUUGCCUAUCGAGACAUUGGAGCCAAGCUUCGCAUACCAGGAAUCAAUGAUGCUAACGCAGAUGUAAAGCAACUUGUCAGGGAUGCACUGAGUUCCGGAAACUUGGGUAGUUGGCUAAUGAUAAUUGACAACGCGGAUGACUCGGAAGUCUUGUUAGGAGUCAGUAACAAGACAAUCAAGCUGGAUCGAUUGAUUGACUAUGUUCCUCGCAGUACGGGUGGAUCCGUGCUCUUCACUACUCGCAGUAGAAAGGCAGCAACAGACCUGACCCCAAAUAAUGUCCUCAAGUUGAAUGAAGUGGACAAGUCUGAAGCUCGGCAGCUAUUUGUUCACCGAAUAAAUAAUCAAGCAUCGCUGAAUGAUGAGACAGCUGCUGAUGCCCUUUUGGAGACACUUACAGGCCUGCCGCUGGCUAUUGUACAGGCUGCUGCUUUCAUCAACCAGAACGAAAUAUCAGUUUCUGAAUACGCAUCACUGCUCCAGGAUGCUGGCACCAAGGCCGAGCUCUUUAGCGAGCACUUCGAAGACCUUGGUAGAUACCGAGACAUGGACAGUACCGUCGCGAAGACGUGGUAUAUCUCUUUUGAGCAAAUCCAGAGGCAAGACCCUCUUGCAGCGGAGUACCUUUCGUUUAUAGGAUGCAUUGAUCGUAUUGGUAUUCCUCAGUCACUAUUGCCACCGGAAAGAUUCGCUGUACAACAGACAAAGGCAAUUGGAACACUGACUGGAUAUGCAUUCAUUACAGAGAGAAGACAAGCCGUACCAGGAUCCAGCACCGAGAGACUUUUUGAUAUGCAUCGACUAGUACAUAUGGCGUUGAUAUGGUGGCUCGAGGGACAUGGCAAGCGGGAGGAGUGGGCAGGCAUAGCAGUAGCCCGAGCUGAGAAAUUGCUGCCAUAUGGUGAUUACAGAAGCUCCCAAAUAUGGAGCGUGUAUAUUCCGCAUGCAAUGUACUUGGCUGGGCUCGUUGGCCUCGUAGAUGACUUAACGAGAGCUUCACUGUUAACACGAGUCGGCCAGUGUCAAGCAGCUUUGGGGCUAUAUGAACUAUCAGCGACGACACAACGAAUAGCAUUAUCAUUGAGAAAUAAAGCGCUAGGGCCUGAGCAUCUAGACACCUUGCAAACUAUGGGCUGCUUGGCGUUUGCCCUGGAUGGUCAAGGGAGAUGCGAAGAGGCCGAGAUAUUACAUAAACAAAGGUUGGAGAUUACUGAAAAGCUGUUCGGGCCUGAACAUCCAGUCACACUACAAAGCACGCUCAAUUUAGCCAUGAUGCUGUUUUCCAAGAAACAAUACACAGAGGCCGAAGCAAUGUGCCAGAAAGUACUCGAUAUAAGGAAAAAGGUAUCAGGUCCUACCCACCCUUCUACCCUGAACUGCAUGAACAGCCUAGCAUUAGUCCUUACAUGCCGAGGCAAAUACACUGAGGCCGAAGUGAUGUGCCGGCAGACACUUAAGCAUCAAGAAAAUCUGCUAGGACCCGAGCAUCCAAACACGCUACGUACUAUACACAACCUAGCCCUUACAUUGUAUAGACAAGAAAAACACACUGAGGCAGAAGGAAUGUACCGGCAGGCGCUUAAGGGGCGAGGGAAAGUACUGGGACCUGAGCAUGUCGAUACGCUAAGCACUCUGUACGACAUUUCGCUUUGUCUUGAGGAACAGAAGCGCGUGGCGGAGGCUUUACCCAUGUUAUACAGGUCAUUGACUGGGUUUACUGCUGUACUGGGGGAAGCCCAUCCAUUUACCGUGUCGUGUCGUAUGGGUUACAACCAUCUCCUUGAGUUACAGGAGAAGGACGAUUGA